UCUCAAUCCCAGUUAAAAUGAGCGGGUCUCAAGCGCGACUCCAUCAGGCCGCAGGAGCGGGUGCAGUCAGUGGCGGCGGCGGCGGCGGCGGAGGUGCCGGCGGUGCCCAGGGGGAGGUCUCUGCCGAGAUGCCGGCCACCGAGAAGGACCUGGCGGAGGACGCGCCCUGGAAGAAAAUCCAGCAGAACACCUUCACGCGCUGGUGCAACGAGCACCUGAAAUGCGUCAACAAGCGCAUCGCCAACUUGCAGACGGAUCUGGGCGACGGGCUGCGCCUCAUCGCCCUGCUCGAGGUGCUGAGCCAGAAGAAGAUGGGGCGCAAGUACAACGCGCGCCCCACCUUCCGCCAGAUGCAGCUGGAGAACGUGUCGGUGGCGCUGGAGUUCCUGGAGCGAGAGAGCAUCAAGCUGGUCUCUAUCGACAGUAAAGCUAUUGUGGAUGGGAACCUGAAGCUGAUUCUGGGCCUGAUUUGGACUUUGAUCCUGCAUUACUCCAUCUCCAUGCCCAUGUGGGAUGAGGAAGAUGAUGAAGAAGUCAAGAAACAAACUCCCAAGCAGAGAUUGCUAGGCUGGAUCCAAAACAAACUUCCCCAAUUGCCCAUCACAAAUUUCAGCAGGGAUUGGCAGAGUGGGCGGGCUCUUGGAGCUCUGGUUGACAGCUGUGCCCCAGGCUUGUGCCCUGACUGGGAUUCGUGGGAUGCUAGCAAACCUGUCAACAAUGCUCGUGAAGCUAUGCAGCAAGCUGAUGAUUGGCUGGGCAUCCCACAGGUGAUCACUCCAGAAGAAAUUGUAGAUCCCAACGUGGAUGAGCACUCGGUGAUGACAUACCUCUCUCAGUUCCCGAAAGCCAAGCUAAAGCCAGGGGCUCCUCUCAGGCCAAAGCUCAAUCCCAAGAAAGCCAGAGCUUACGGGCCAGGUAUUGAACCCAUGGGUAACAUGGUGAAGAAGAAGGCCGAGUUCACAGUAGAAACCAUCAGUGCUGGUCUUGGAGAGGUGCUGGUUUAUGUAGAAGAUCCAGCUGGCCAUCGUGAAGAAGUAACGGUCUUGUUUGCUGGCCAGCACAUCGCCAAGAGCCCUUUCGAGGUGAAUGUGGACAAAUCCCACGGUGAUGCCAGCAAGGUCACUGCUCAAGGCCCUGGCCUCGAACCCACAGGCAACAUAGCCAACAAGACUACCUACUUUGAGAUCUUCACCGCUGGUGCUGGGGUUGGAGAACUUGAGGUGAUCAUCCAAGAUCCCACUGGCAAGAAAGGAACAGUUGAGCAGCAAUUGGAAGACAAAGGAAAUAGCACCUAUCGCUGCUCCUACAAGCCCACUUUGGAGGGCACUUACACCAUCUACAUUACCUUUGGCGGGAUUCCCAUCCCUCGCAGCCCAUACACGGUCACUGUGGGACAAGCAUGCAACCCCAGUGCUUGCCGAGCGGUGGGUCGAGGCCUGCAACCCAAGGGGGUCCGAGUAAAAGAGACUGCAGACUUCAAGGUGUACACCAAGGGCGCUGGCAGCGGGGAGCUCAAGGUGACAAUCAAAGGCCCAAGCUUCUCAGUGGAGGGUCCCUCACAGGCAAAGAUCGAGUGUGAUGACAAGGGGGAUGGCUCCUGCGAUGUGCGCUACUGGCCCCAGGAGCCAGGGGAAUAUGCAGUCCAUGUGCUCUGCAACAAUGAAGACAUCAAACUCAGCCCCUUCAUGGCGGAAAUCAAGGCUGCUCCCAAGGACUUCUACCCUGAGAAGGUAAAAGCACAUGGACCAGGCCUAGAGAAGACUGGUGUUGCAAUCAACAAGCCCGCAGAGUUCACAGUUGAUGCGAGGAGUGGCGGAAAGGCACCUCUCAAGGUGCAAGUACAGGUAAACAUUGGAGCUGGCAGCCAUCCCAACAAAGUGAAAGUCUAUGGCCCUGGUGUGGCGAAGACAGGCUUAAAGGCUCACGAACCGACCUACUUCACAGUGGACUGCACGGAAGCUGGGCAGGGUGAUGUGAGCAUUGGCAUCAAGUGUGCCCCUGGUGUGGUGGGUCCGGCUGAGGCUGACAUCGAUUUUGACAUUAUUCGGAAUGAUAAUGACACCUUCACAGUCAAGUAUACCCCCCGGGGUGCUGGAAGCUACACAAUCAUGGUGCUGUUUGCUGACCAGGCCACCCCUACCAGCCCCAUCAGAAUCAAAGUGGAACCCUCGCACGAUGCCAGCAAAGUCAAAGCUGAGGGACCUGGCCUCAACAGGACUGGUGUAGAGAUGGGGAAGCCAACUCACUUCACAGUUAACACUAAACCAGCUGGCAAGGCCAAGCUGGAUGUGCAGUUCACAGGCCCAGCCAAGGGAGACGCCGUAAGAGACUCCGAAGUAAUUGAUCACCACGAUAACACCUAUACCGUCAGAUACACCCCUGUGCAGCAGGGUAACCUUGGAGUAAAUGUAACAUACGGGGGAGACCACAUCCCCAAAAGUCCUUUCAACGUGGGAAUAACUCCUACCCUGGACCUCAGCAAGAUCAAGAUCUCUGGGCUUGGAGACAAAGUGGAAGUGGGCAAAGACCAGGAGUUCACCGUUAAAUCCAAAGGCGCUGGAGGCCAAGGCAAGGUGGCUGCCAAAAUCGUAGGCCCAUCCAGUAAGCCUGUGCCUUGCAAGGUAGAGCCAGGCUUGAGCUCAGACAACAGUGUGGUGAAGUUCAUUCCAAGAGAAGAAGGACCCUACGAAGUGGAUGUCACCUACGAUGGUGUCCCUGUCCCGGGCAGUCCCUUCCCUGUGGAGGCUGUACCUCCCACCAAUCCAUCCAAGGUUUUACACAAUACGGAUUACAAAUAUUUCGUUAGUUUGCAGGUUUAA